CUCUGUGCUCUUCCGGUUUUGGUUAGGAGAGCAAACAUCCUGGCGGUGUGCUUUCACCGCUUUAGUUCUGUGGUGUUUACCUCUGAAUAGCACACCCUUCUUGAUUUUACAGUCUCGCUCCACAAUGGCCUGCGCUGCGUCAGACGGUGGCCUGAAACCGCUUCAGAAUGCCAUGAAACUGGCCAACAUCGCUAUACAGCUGGAGGCGGGGAACAGACACAAGGAGGCUUACUGUGAAUAUUUGAGGAGCAUCAAUUAUAUCUCGCACGCGCUGCUGGAGGAUGCCUUGUCCAAUCCAGACAGAGAAAUGGUACCGGUGGAAGUGGAGAGGAUGCUGAGACUGGCUGAGCAGUGCCUGGAGAGACUCAAGUCUUUUGUAGGAAAGAGGGGUGAUCUCCCCACCUCCGCCCCCGCCCAGGCCCCGACCCCGACCCCCACCUCCGCUGCCCCGCCCAUCUCCAGCGCAAUGAAAAAUGAGGCUCACAUUGUGGCCUGUCCUGUGGACUUUGGAACUGUGUUGAUUUCUCCAGAGGUGUCACCCAUGGCCUUUGAGCCAGCUCCCCCCAGGCAGGCCCCCCGGCCAACUCACCGCAGGGUCCUGUCCGAGGGCGGGGGGGAGCUCUCCCCCUUCCUGCCCCCAGAGAUCUUCCAGAAACUGCAGGAGGCGGAGUCACAGGACAGCAAGAAGGAGCUCACUCCGAUUGAAGAGGCCUCUCGGCUGAAUCAGAAAUUGAAGGCAAACUAUGAGGCUCGUCUGGCACGACUCCAUCCAGGCCAGGCCACACAGAAGACCUCACUGACUCUCUCCCUGCAGAGACAGAUGAUGGAGAAUCUCAUUAUUGCCAAAGCCAGACAGGAUGCUCUCCACAGGAAGAUGGAGGAGAGGAGGCUCCGGCUGCAGGAGGAGGCCAACAGGAGGUUUGCUGGUUCAGAUAUGAUCACUCCAGAGGAGCAGGAACAGAGGCUUCUGUACGCCAAUGUACUGGAAUAUGAUCAGGACCAUGACUGGCCAAAACUCUGGAAAGCAAAUCUGAAGAAGAACCCCAAUGACAGUGCUUUGGUCUCAGGCCUGAUUUCCUACCUGCUGAGCUGCUCAGAGCACCCGGUGAUGAAGCUCCUGAAGAGGCUGCAGUACCGGGUGUAUAACCGCCUCUACCCCAUAGUGAGCAAGGGCUCCGCCCCCAGCCCCACGCAGCCAAUGAAGUCGUCGCGCAGCGCGCAGAACCUGCGCUCCGAGCAGCUCCCGGCCCCGCGCGGCCUCGCCCACAGCGUCUCGGACGCCUCCCUCUCCGUCUCCCUCUCCGUCUCCCGCGACCUCAACGCCAACGAGGAGGACUCCGCCCGCGCCCAGACCACGCCCCCCGCCCCGGACAGGGAGAACUCCUUCGAGGACCUGGAGCAGUACCUGUCCCAGCUGGACUGGAGCUCCGCCCCUGACUCCGCCCACAGUCAGCCAGGGGUGGAGGUGGAGACCUACAUCACCCGCUUGGAGGAGAGCGCUCUGAAAGAUCACCUGAGAGCCAUCGUCAAGGACAUCCACAAUGCCAUCGAUCGCCUGCUGUCUCUGUGUUUGCUAUCCUUUGAGUGUUUGAACACGGCAGCCGGCAAGGACCAAUGUGUGGCCUGCUUGGAGGAGGCCUUCUUCUGCCCGAUUUGGCGCCCCCUGCUGGCGCUGUUUAGACAGGUCUACAGAGAGAGGGAGCUGUCCUUCGGGGCCAGCAUGAGGCUGUACAGGAACGCCACCCCCGCCGACGUCGGUGUCGCGCCCAAACUGUUCCCCGAGGACCCGGCCCUGCUCCCCGGUUCCUACCCCUACGAGUCGGCGGUGCAGGAGCUGCAGCACCUCUGCAGAGAGUUCUGCCCCCAGCGCAAACUGGAGUGCAUCGUGCGGACAUUGAGGCUCAUCUGUGUGUGUGCUGAAGAUUACCGCGGCAUGCAGGACCCAGAUGUUCCGCCCAGCACGGCAGCGAUAGGGGCUGAUGACUUGCUGCCCAUCCUGUCGUUUGUAGCUCUUCGUACUGAACUUCCGCAGCUGGUGUCUGAGUGUGCUGCCCUGGAAGAGUUCAUUCAUGAGGGGUAUCUGAUAGGAGAGGAGGGGUACUGUCUCACAUCUAUGCAGAGCGCUUUGUCCUACGUGGAGUCGUUACACACAGGGAAGGCUCCGCCUCACUACCCUCGAUUUACCUGAGCCAGGUGAGCUUGUUGCCACAGGUGCCGACUCAAGAUGCAGAGUGGUGCGGGGGGGGGGGGGGGGUGUUCUUGGGGAGGGUCAGUUCCAGUCAGCUGACCUGCACUGCCCCUCCCUCCAAAACCCACAGGCACGCUCCAUAUGAAAUCUCCCGUACGCUCAGAACUUCGGCACCGCCCCCUGUGCCUCGCAGCGAAUCAACGUGGAGCGGGCAGAUUCGACGGCUGUCCGUCACACUGGAACUGCCCCCUGCUCUCUGUGGCGGGACCCUCGCAGCUGGCGUUGCCACGGGAGACAGUGGGGAGAGGAAUGUGGUCUGCUUAUUGUACAGUAACUUUUUGUGUCCAACAUUAUCAACUUAUGAGUGAAUGUCUUCAAAAUCACCAACUUAUUAUGAAGGUCAUAAGGGAGGAACAGUUCAGCACGCAGAUUUCAGCUAUAUAGUGGACACAUGGCCAGUUUAUGGACCAUAUUUACGGCACUGGACAGUUAACUUUUACAAUUUAUUUAAUCUACAUACAUCCACUGUUCUGAGUUUCCUCCCCCCCCCCCAAUUUAAAGUGCCUUUGCACCUGUACAGUUAAAAUUACUUCACUAUUCUAUGUAAGGUUGGUCAUUAUUAGUAUGUACAGAAAGGAAAGGGGGACUGAGUGGUAUUUCUACUGAUUUUAAUAUCCUGCUUUUAUUUUAGGAUCCUGUUUGUGAAUUAUGUAACUGUACAUAGGUCAGCAGGCUGGAUCAACAUGUAUAUGCAUGUAUAUUUGCCUGACUGUAUGCUGUACAGAACAAAUGUGAAAUUAAUAUUUAUAUAUUACCUCUGGAAUGUGUGAGCUGUGUGUAUGUGUGUGUAUGUGCAUGUGUGUGUGUAAUUCUCACACUAAUUCACUUGCUUACCUGAUUCAUGAAAUUACUUUUGUGUCAUUCAUAGACACUAAGUGUAUUCCCAAACACCUGCACAAAGAAUUGAUCGAUGUAAUCUUUCACAGAAGUUUUGUUAUGUUCUCCAAUAUGUCAGUAAGCAAAGAGGUGUUGCACACUGUGGGUUUUUCCUCUGUUGCCUGUUUUGAAUGUCAUUUCUACAGGGUGUCACUGGCACAUUCAGCAAGUUGAGUUUUUUCCACGUAGAAUGGGGGACGUACCCCCUCAGAAAUGGAUGGGAGUUCACUUUGUACGUCUUGUUGAGGCUUGUAUGUGAAUUGGGAGAUCUGGUACACAGCUAUUGGUCUGGUAGUUUAGGGUUAGCACUAAAUGCACUUAUCAAGGUUAGGAUUGCAACCGACGCAUGUGUUGCUGAGUUGUCGGUGAUGGGACACGGGGUGUGUGUGUGUGUGUGUGUGUGUGUGUGUAUGCGUGUGUGUGCGCGCGCAUGUGUGUGCAUGGGCGCUCAGACGCAAGCUGUGAACUCAAACAAUGUUAUACCUGGGAGAUGUGAAAAAUAACUUUUUUUUUUUCUUUCUUCUUUUAAUGGGUUCGUUUUACCGGUGUUCAGCUGGGAGGGUUCGGCUGCUGUGUUCCCGCAGUUUUUUUUAGUCCUCGUUUUAAAAUUUGUUGUUUCCGAUUUAAACGCUUUUUUUAAAUUGGUCUGUCAAAGAAACAAAAAAGUGUCCUGAGGGAAAUGUUGGGAGAGGAGGGAAAAAAAUGAGUGUGAGGGAAGUCUGUGUUCCGGCUGUUUUCUGUGAACUGUUAACCGCAGCUGGCCGUAGGGUGGAGGUCGGGUGGGUGUCCUCACUCAACUGUGGUUGUACUGCAGGGACAGGAAGUGACAUCAUCUGCUUGGUCACUCAGAGAAGCUGCUGUGGACUAGUGUGUGUGUGUGAUAUGUACUGUACAGAUGCUCCUCUGAUGUGCAUUACUGUGAAAAGCAGUGUCUGUUCAUUCUGACGUGGUCCUGUCCUGUCCCUCUCUCUCUGUGGUGAUGGGUGUCCAGUAUGUCAGUUUUAUAAUAAUAAAGUAAUUGGAAACAAGCUAAA